AUUAUGGUCCCUAGCCACAAGCGCAUGCCCCAAAAUUGACAUUUUUUCUGAAUUUUCUAGCUAGAUAUAGUCUAUAUGAUGAAUAGACACUGUUAAAAUUGUGUCAUUUCGAAGUAGACCAUUAAGAUUAGUCGCUAAAUAGUUAUAUUUUUCUUGCAGUACACGUGGCCUGAGUGUACAGCAAUAGGGAAAGUGAAGAGAUAACCACCCACCCUUCCACGAAGACUUUUCAAGUAACGCGGUUAACAUAAAUCGACUAUGCAUUAGUCUGAGCCUUCGGAUUGCAUUUACGGCGUUGCUCGCGGUCCAGCCACUCGGGAUCCUUGUUUUGUACAUGAAAUUACUUAAAUGAUUAUAUUUGGCCUCCAUUAGCAGCUGGUAUGUCAAGAUGCUGCACUUUUAAGGCAACGGGUUCUCUCGCGUUAGGGUUGGGUCCCUUCUACGGACUUAAUAGUUACUGCCGCUACGUUAACCACUGGUUUUCAAGGGCGUGCUCUGCGCUGGCCGUGUGCGUUAUAGCCAAUGAACUGCAUAAGAACAGUGGCUAUGUCUGGAGCGAGCUCAUUCUCAGCUGAUUAUGCAGGCUUAUUAGAGGAUUAGACCGUCGAAUGAAAGUGCUGCCACCUGCAAUGGUGUCUGCUUAGCAUUUCUUUUGUGUUAGCAUUUUUGCUUUAAAUUUGAAUGAAAAAGAGUCUUCAAAUUUAGUUGCAAACUUUGUAAUCUGAUGUAUAUUCUGGUGUAUAACUGAAUAUAUGUAGCCAAUAAAUUGAUUUAUGUUCUUUCUUUCAAAUUGAAAAGAAAAAUUAAGAUACCAAUUCCGUCCUCCCAUCACAAAGGAACAUUUGCCGAUCCCCGAUUGCUGAAGCAGUCUUCAGGAAAUUGGCGACAGAUAGUGGGGAUAUAAAUAAAUGGAGGAUAGACAGUGCAGCCACCUCCACGUAUGAGAUAGGAAACCCGCCUGAUUACCGCGGGCAGGUCUGCAUGAGGAAGCACGGGGUGCCCAUGAGCCAUGUGGCCAGGCAGCGCCGCCUCUUGUGCUCUCUGUUGCAGUGGGUCAUAGACAGUGGUGCUGUGUCUGACUGGAACACAGGCAGCUCCCCUGACUCUCGUGCUCUGGCCUGCCUCAGGAAACACUCCAUAGAGACAGACCACAGGGCCAGACAGGUGACAAAGGAGGAUUUUCUGUCUUUUGAUUACAUGCUUUGCAUGGAUGAAAGCAAUUUGAGGGAUCUCAACAGGAAAGCAAACUCAGUAAAAAACUGCAAAGCCAAAAUCGAGCUUCUUGGGAAGUAUGACCCUCAAAAACAGCUGAUCAUCCAAGAUCCCUAUUAUGCAAGCUGCUUCUUUGCUCCAUGCUUCUUAGGAUCCAGCCAGAUGGGAGUGAAGAGGAUUUUGAAACGGUGUAUGAACAGUGUCUUAGAUGCUGCAGAGCAUUUUUGGAAAGCCAUUCCUGAUGCCACAUUCACCAGCUUCAGUAAACAAUACAUUAUUACACUUAAUGUCACAUAGUGUAAUAAUUUGUCAGCAAUUUGUACCUGGCAUGGUAGCAAUUAAAAGAGAAACCUUGAUGGAAAUGUAUGUGACAGUCCCAUUACAAUGAGCACUGAAUGAUGUCUUGUCAAAUUUUGUGUUGUUUGAGGAGAAUUGAAUGUCAAGUUGGGCUGUUUCUUAACUGGUUGAUUUAGUGUGGAAGUGAAAAUAAAAUAAAUAUAAAUCUCA